GUGGGUGGAGCCACGUCUCCGUGAUGAAAAUAAUACUGCAGUUCCGGACAAAGCUGCUCGUGGCUUGUUGUAAUUCCAAUUCGUCCAUUUUGUUGGUGAUGGAUCUUACAUUGGUUAAAAAGAUGCUUGGAAAUACAGAAUGAGACCGUCUCUUCCUGGACACUGUGUGUCACCAUACUGAGGGGAGAAAACAUUUGCUCAUCAGAGUUUUGGUCAGAGUCUGAUUGCUAUGUCACCCUAAGUCUCCCACCUGCAAUUGUUUUCAAGACAAAUACUGUGGCCAACAACAAAGACCCAGAAUGGAACCAAAGCUUUAACUUCAGACUCCACAAUAAUCUGCAGCAAUACUUGGAACGGGCCUUUCAACUUCGGAUCGUGCCAGUGCUUCUUCUUUAAGGUGGAUUUCAUCACCCAGUUGCCUGCCACCACCAGUUUUUGAUCCUGUUGGGAAGUAAUACCACUUUCUGAUUGUCUCUCUCACAGUGCACCUAUGAGGAAAAUUUCAGACCCCUCAAUGAUUUCUAAGUGGGAGAACUUGCAGUAUAGCAGGGGGUUCAAAUACGUAUUUUCUUCACUUGAUACUGAAAACCUUGAGUCAUCUGGUUGGUCAUUUUGGACUGCAAUUAUUUUGAACACUACUGUAGUCCAUGUCCAACUGUACCCGGGAGAACUUGAAGUUCAGAAAAUGAAUGGAAAACUUUGGAUUGCCAUGGAGCUGAAGGAAAGGAAAGUUUCUGCUCCUUCGAAAGGCCUUCAUUUUGGGAAAGAAAUUGUUUCUUACUGGAAAUUAAAUGUUACAAUACUAAAAGCCAAAACAAGCUCUUCUAAAGAUUACUUUUCAGAGUCAGACUACUAUGUCACUCUUUGUCUUCCUACGGCGACUGCAAGUGCUUUCAACACGACAACAGUGCACAAUAAAUGCAAUCCAGAGUGGAAUGAAACAUUCACCUUCAGAAUCCCCUCCCAUCUGAAAAAUGUUUUAGAGAUCAAGUUACACGACGAGGACCCCGUUUCACACGAUGAUCACAUUUCAACCGUUCUGUUUGAUCUCAGCAACCUCACGUUUGGGAAGAAAGAAAGAAUUGCAUUCAACUUAAAUUCUGAGACAAAAGACUACAUUUUGAUUCAGUUUGAGAUGAUCCACAGUGAGGAGCCCUCGUGUGACUAUCUCAGUAAUGGCAUCCUCCUGGCUGCCCCAUUCACUGUUUUGGACAUCAGUGUUGACAACCUUCUCAACAAUUCUGAUUUUCUGGGCAAAAUUCUCAAGCUUCAUGGUGCCUAUCCUGAGAAUCAGAGUUUCUCGGCGAAGGAACUCACCAAGCUCAGAUUCUACAUUAACAGAGAUUUGGAAACUGAACUUGGAGUGGCAUCUUCUGCUGUUGAUCCCACCUCAAGUUCUACAAGACUUCAACCACUUCCACCUGAACAUACUAGCAAAGUGUCCCUUGUCAUUGAUAAAGAUACAGUAGAUUUAAUUGUGGAGACACAUGAAUGCGUUGAUGACCAAAUUGCAGUUCAUCUGGAUUUUGACAUUCCACAGCAAGAGAAAGAGUAUUUGAAGAAGAGAAAGCUCAUUGUCAGGGAGAAUAUGCAAAAGCUCUUUGGCCUUGACUCUCCACCAUCACUGGACCAGGUGCCAACUAUAGCAUUAGUGUGUUCAGGAGGAGGAUCCAGAGCAAUGACAGGCUUGUUUGGAAGUUUAAAGAGCCUGAAAGAAAUAAAUGUCCUCGAUACUGUCUCUUAUAUCACAGGAGUGUCUGGAUCUACUUGGGCUAUGACCGCCUUGGGACAACAUGAAAGUUGGUCACAAGAUGGUAUAGACAGUACCAUCGCUGAAAUAAGAAAAGAGAUAUCGAAGGAUUUACCGAGUGCAUUCUCUCUGGAAAAACUGGAAUACUACAAACAAGAACUAGAAGAAAAAAAUAAUGAAGGCCAUAUAUUGUCACAUACUGAUGUAGGAGGCCUGAUGUUUGAACAUUUCAUUUUUGGCAAGAAAAUUACAAGUACCCUCUCCGAGCAGCAAAAGACAAUAAAUCAAGGUCAAAACCCUUUUCCCAUAUACACUGCUGUCAAUAUGAAGGAGAAGACGGGCUGUGAACCUGAAGCUGAAUGGUGCGAAUUUACCCCCUAUGAAGUUGGCUUUCAAAAGUAUGGAGCGUUUGUCCGAGCUGAAGACUUUGGGAGUCAGUUCUUCCUUGGUCAUCUCGUCCAAAAACUUCCAGAAGUUCGUAUCCCUUAUCUGAUUGGAAUAUGGAGCAGUUUCUUUUCCGUCAACCUGGCGCAAUUAUUCCAAAUCGUAACUGGAAAGUCCCAGUCCAGACCAGACACCCAAGAAACAGAGCCUGAAAAUGAGUCGACACUUGAUACGCAGCUCAUUGAUCAAUCCACAGCUGUCUCAACAUUCGUCAGUGACUGCAUGAGGAAUCGCCCAAUUAGUUCUAAAGUAUACAAUUUCAUGAAUGGUCUCUUUCUCCAUUCAGACUACAACACAAAUAGCAACUUUAUAGCCUGGAAAGAAACCCACCCUGAUGCCUUUCCAAACUUAUUAACACCCAGCGACUCCAUUCUUCAGCUUGUUGAUUCUGGUCACGCCAUCAAUAUUGGCUGUCCCCCUAUCCUGCGCACAGAGAGAGAAGUGGAUGUAAUAAUAGCUUUGGAUAAUUCCUGGCACCCAGACAACAUCUUCAAGGACAUAAAGUUGACAGCAGUUUACUGCAAAGACCAUGACAUCCCCUUCCCCAACAUUGACUUCAAUGCUAUGGAAGGUGAACCUUGCAGAGAGGUUUACAUCUUUGAAGAUAAAGACAAUCCCAGGGCACCAAUCGUGAUUCACUUCCCACUUGUCAAUAAUUCAUUCAGACAUUUCAAACAACCAGGUGUGAAGCGUGAGACUGCAGAAGAAAUAAAAGCUGGAGAGGUGGAUGUGUGCAGCAGCAAUUCUCCAUACACCACUGACAAUAUUUCCUAUACAGAAGAGAAUUUUGACUCUUUUGUGAAUUUAACUGCCUAUAAUGUUGCCAACAACAAGGAAAGCAUAAUUGAAACGUUGCAUAAGGUCUUGAAAUCUAAAAUGUCAGGAGAGAUAUAGGUUGAAUACUCCUGUGAAAGUUUAAGCUUCCUUCAUUUCUUAAAAUUACUACAAUAUAUUCAAAAUCAAAUUAAAUACUAGAUAUUCUGAAAUACAGUACUGUGACAAAGUCUUUGUCCACCACACUGCAAAAAUGCAAAAUAUUGCCAAGAAUAUUACUUCUAAUCAAAACUCAUCUGAUUGCACUUAAAAUAAGACUCAUCAUCUAAAAAGUAACCUUUUUUCGACAAUUUUCUCAUCUUUAACUUUUACUUGUAAUAUGUAGAAAAGAACAUCCCUAGUGGAUUAUUCCACUCUUAAUAACUCAUAGGUGUGAAUGUUUACCUACUGUAUAUCCACACUGCCAAUGAGUGGAUAAAACAAUGAUCCCAUACCAUAAGCAUAAUGACAUAACUCAUCUAUUCGGCAUCUUCACUUUCACUUUUGUUAAUAGUUUGGCAAUAGUGUGUGACAGUAGUACUAGGACCAAAUGAGUCCCAAUUCAAACUCACAAGUCUGGUUGGAAAAAAAUAAAUCCUGAAUCAUAAUUCUCACUUUUCAAUGAAAAUGAAUUAAAACUUCAUACUUUAUUCUGACAAGCACUGUAAUGCUCCUCACAACCAUCGCCAUUUUGACUUAUUGUGCAGCGCUUCUGUGCAUGUAUGCAUUGUGGCAUCACUGAGACCUCCAUGCAGUUUAAACAUAAAUAAAUAUACGAAUAAAUAAAGGGCUAUCCGCUGACGGAGGCUUGGGACCUAGGGACCUAAAUUACCCAUAGGUGUGAAUGUGAGUGCGUAUAGCUGUUUGUUUCUAUGUGCCCUUCAAUUGGUUGGCGACCAGUUCAGGAUGUACCCUGCUACUCACCUAAAGAUAGCUGGGAUAGGCACCAGCAUGCACAGGACACUUGUUCGGAAAAACUUUACAGAAAAUUGUUGGAAGAAAGGGGACAAUAUAACAAAAGAAGGGUGACUUGACUUUUUCUUUUAUAUAUAUAAGACAGGGAAAUCCUUUUGAGAUUUGGAUAUCACAUUUAGAAUGCUAAUGCAUUCUAUAAAAUAAGGCAAACCUGUCUGGCUAGUGGGGUUAACUUCAGGUAAUAAUUUCAGAUACAAAUCUUCAUUAAAGAAUUAAUCACACAUUUGACAAAUACUUUUAGUUCCCCUUCAAUCUUUAAUUUUCAUGGAGCAAGACAUUUAAGAUGAUUCUAUAUUUCUGACUGCAUGGGUCAGUAGGCAAAACAAAGCCGUAAAGUUGUGAUUAAAUGAGCUUUUGGUGUCGAAGAAAUUUACUGACAACCCCAUCAAACAUUGGAAUGAAAUGAGCUGAGUUUGGAACCCAACAUCAUUGACCUUACCAAAGGUCUCAUGCAUGCACUCCCCGAAAAAAGAAAGUGUUUGACAAAGUUUGAAGUAAACAAUUUUCCAACCAACGUACUCUUAUUCUUUCGUUGUCAGUUCCCUUAAAAAUCCUACUGCCCUUGUCUGGGAUAAAGCAAAUGGCCUGGAGGUGGUGAUUUGUAGGCAGUUUAUUCUUUUUUAUUGGUUUAUCUUCACAUUUAGAUGGUUUGUCAUGAAUAUUUUAUUAGGUUCUGGUGAAUAAUAUCAAGGUAAAAUGACUAUCAAUGGUCAAAUUUCUAUAGAUUAAAUGCUUAUGAAGAUGUGCAGGAAGAUAUUUUGGCAAUAAAAAAUAGAAUAGAUUAAUUUCCUUGAAUUUUCCAUUCAAAUCGACAAAACAGAAUCGCUAGUUUCCUCUGUUACUUAAAAAACAUUAACAGUAGCAAUAAAAUACUCACUGCUAUGCCAACUUUUUUCAUUCAGUCAGAACAUAAAUUCAACUUGCCACUUACAAGUUGAUUUUACCGGAUAUACUUUAUUUAGUUAGUUUGUGUCAUGUUGUCAUGGAACCAAUGACAUGUAGUUCAAUAAAGGCUUGUGCAUCAGCAUUAACUUGAGGUUUUU